AUGAACACCUAUCAUAGCUUGACAAGAUACAAGUGGGUGAGAUAUUCUGGAGCAAGGUAUUGGACUCCCGGAAUGAUUACCAUUGGCCGUGAUCUGGAUGGUGCUCAUCUUGUUGUUGGCCGGGCGCAUCAUCAUGGCGAUUUGCUACCGGCUAAAGCUAAACCUGAACAUGGUGUUGCAUAUGUUACUCAUGGCGGCGCUGAACACAUGAAACACGACUUUGAAAUCUUAAUGCCAGCGGAGUUUCAUUGGAUACCAUCAAGACAUGGUCAAAUACCACCUGGAGCUGUAGAGGGCGGCAGAACUAGUAAUGGAGAAGUAUUAUUUGUCGGUCGCGCUCAUCAUAAUGGAACUCCUUGUGUAGGGAAGAUUCAUCCUAGUCAUGGAAGUCUUUACAUUCCCUAUAACGGCGAGGAAAUUCCUUACAAAGAGUACGAAGUAUUGGUUCAGCACUAA